CAGAGGCAGGUUGUUCGGUAGUUUCUACCGGACUUCCAGAAGAUGGGUACAGGUGGUGGGAUGCGAAUACCGCUAUGGAUAUCAAUAAUAACACUUGCCUUCAUACAGAUCAAAGUUCAAGCCCAGGAUGAUGAGCAACAAACAAAAUCAAACUAUGCUUCUCCAUCGAUCCUGCAGCGACAAAAAAAUUUUCCACCAGCUUCAAAAUCCCAAGAAGUGACAAUCAUUCCACCAUUUCAAAACACACUGAGAUUAAAGGCUGGCAACCCCUCUCACAAUGGCCGUGUGUGCAGCACAUGGGGUAACUUCCACUUCAAGACCUUUGAUGGGGACAUCUUUUACUUCCCUGGGGUCUGCAAUUACAUCUUUGCAUCCAACUGCAAAUCUCCCUAUGAGGACUUCAACAUCCAGAUUAGACGUACAACAGUGGAAAAUGCUACCAUGAUCACGCAUGUCCUCAUGAAGCUGGAAGGAGCAGUGAUUGAACUGACCCGCGGCUCUGUCCUUCUUGAUGGCAAACUGGUUCAGAUGCCCUACAGCCAUAUGGGAGUCUUGAUAGAGAGAAGUAACAGCUAUUUGAAAGUUUCUGCCAAGAUAGGACUGACCUUCCUUUGGAAUGAAGAAGAUGCCCUUCUGGUGGAACUAGAUAAGAAAUACGCCAAUCAAACUUGUGGACUUUGUGGGGACUUCAAUGGAAUUCCAGUCAGCAAUGAAUUUAUUUCAGAGAAGACAAGGCUGACUCCCAUACAGUUUGGGAAUAGACAGAAGAUUGAUGGACCCAUAGAGCAGUGUGCUGAUCCUGCUCCUUCUGCUGUUCUAAUGAACUGCUCAGCUGAAUUUGCUUCUAUCUGUGAGACAGUAUUAACCAGUACAGCAUUUACAAGCUGUAAUGCACUUGUGAAUAUUCAGGACUACAUUGAAACUUGCAUACAAGACUUAUGCCACUGUGAUAGCUCUAUGGCUGACUUCUGCAUGUGCAAUACCUUUGCUGAAUACUCCCGGCAGUGUGCUCAUGCGGGUGGACAGCCUCUGAACUGGAGAACCUCAGAACUAUGUCCCAAAUCAUGUCCUUUCAACAUGCAAUAUCAGGAGUGUGGGUCCCCCUGCUCUGAUACAUGUAGCAACCAGGAACGAUCUGCACUUUGUGAAGACCACUGUACAGAUGGCUGCGUCUGUCCUCCAGGAAUGGUAUUUGAUGAUAUUAAUGGUGCUGGCUGCAUUCCCCGUAAAGAAUGUCAUUGUACCUAUGAAGGUGAAUCUUAUGCUCCGGGUGCCUCCUUCUCAUCUAAAUGCAGAUCAUGUACCUGUGCUGGAGGUGAAUGGUCUUGUGUCACCCAGUCAUGCCAUGGAACUUGCAGUAUUGAAGGAGGCUCCCACAUCUCAACAUUUGAUGAAAAAUAUUAUUCCUUCUUCGGAGACUGUAGUUAUGUCCUAACCAAGCUCUGUAAUGGCAAUGAAUUCACUGUUCUGGGAGAUAUCUACAAGUGUGGCCUGACUGACACUGAGACGUGCCUAAAGGGUGUAACUGUCAGCCUAAGUGGAGGACAAACUAACAUUGUGAUCCAGCCUUCUGGCAGUGUAUUUGUAAACAUGAUCUACACACAGCUACCAUUCUCUGCAGCAAAUGUCACCAUCUUUAGACCAUCAUCUUUCUUCAUCAUUCUGCAAACGACCUUUGGUCUUCAGCUACAGGUUCAGCUCGUGCCUCUCAUGCAACUUUUUAUAGACUUAGACCCGUCACAUAAAGGGCAGACCUGUGGUCUCUGUGGUAACUUCAAUGACAUGCAGACAGAUGAUUUCAAAAUUACCAGUGGUGUAAUAGAGGGUACUUCAGCUGUCUUUGGCAAUACCUGGAAAACACGGGCCAAUUGUCCUGAUGUCGAAAAUACCUUUGAGGACCCAUGUACUGUCAGCAUACAAAAUGACCAGUAUGCUCAGCACUGGUGUGGACUGCUGUCUGACACCAUGGGACCUUUUGCUGAAUGUCACUCAACAGUGAAUCCAGAAGUUUACCAGAAGAACUGCAUGUUUGACACAUGUAACUGUGAGAAGAGUGAGGACUGCAUGUGUGCUGCCCUUUCCAGCUAUGUGAGAGCCUGUGCUGCUAAAGGAGUUCUCCUCACCGGAUGGAGGAGCAAAGCCUGCACAAAAUACACCACCUUGUGUCCAAAAUCCUUGGAGUACACUUACAAUGUUGAUUCCUGUCAACCCACCUGCCGGUCUCUGAGUGAGCCUGAUGUCACAUGCAACAUCAAGUUUAUCCCAGUUGAUGGCUGCACCUGCAUAAAUGGAACCUACAUGGAUGAAAGUGGCAAAUGUGUGCCUACUUCUAGCUGUCCUUGUUACUACAAAGGAAUGCCUCUGUCUACUGGAGAAGUUAUUCACGACAAUGGUGUUGUCUGCACUUGCACCUAUGGAAAGCUGAGCUGUAUUGGCGAGAAACCUGAACCAGUCUGCGUACCUCCCAUGGUUUAUAUUGACUGUGGCAAUGCCACUGCAGAUGUGGUAGGAGCAGGAUGCCAGAAGAGCUGUCAGACAUUAGAUAUGGAAUGUUACAAAACACACUGUGUCUCUGGCUGUGUGUGUCCUCAUAAUCAAGUGUUAGAUGGCAAAGGUGGCUGUAUAGCUCCAGAGGACUGUCCAUGUGUUCACAAUGGGAAUUCCUACACUCCAGGCGAAUCAAUCAGAGUUGGCUGUAACAACUGCACAUGUAGAAACAGAAAAUGGCACUGCUCUGAGGAACCUUGCCUGGAAACCUGUUCUGUUUAUGGAGAUGGGCAUUACACCACCUUUGAUGGCAAACGCUUUGAUUUUGAAGGAGACUGUGAAUAUGUUCUGGUCCAGAACUAUUGUGGCCAACAAGGUAUGAAUCAGGGAACCUUCAGAGUCAUCACUGAGAACAUUCCAUGUGGUACUACUGGAACCACCUGCUCCAAGUCUAUUAAAGUUUUCCUGGGGAACUAUGAGCUGAUACUCAGUGAUGGACACUCUGAUGUUAUCCAGAGGACACCUGGAGGAAAAAUGCCAUUCCAAAUCCGUUCCAUGGGUAUCUACCUGGUGGUUGACACUACUGUUGGUCUGAUACUCAUGUGGGACAGAAGAACCAGUAUAUUCAUCAAACUUAGUCCCACCUUUGAGGGACAUGUCUGUGGACUUUGUGGAAACUAUGAUGGCAAUGGAAAUAAUGACUUCACUACUCGCAGUCAGUCUGUGGUAGGAAAUGUGCUGGAAUUUGCCAACAGCUGGAAAGUGUCUUCUAGUUGCCCAAAUGCCAAUCGUACCAAGGACCCAUGCACUGCAAACCCAUACAGGAAAGCCUGGGCACAAAAGCAGUGCAGUAUCAUUACCAGUGAAGUGUUUGCAAAGUGUCACUCACAGGUUGAACCAAAUGAAUAUUAUGAAGCAUGCGUAGAUGAUGCUUGUGCCUGUGAUACUGGAGGAGACUGUGAAUGUUUCUGUACAGCAGUAGCUGCCUAUGCUCAAGCGUGCAAUGAGCUGGACAUCUGCAUUUCAUGGAGAACCCCAUCCGUUUGUCCUCUGUUCUGCGAUUACUACAAUCCGCAAGGGGAGUGUGAGUGGCACUACAAGCCAUGUGGAGCCCCUUGUAUGAAAACCUGCAAUAACCCAAGUGGGAAUUGCCUUCAUGAGUUGAGAGGCCUUGAAGGCUGCUAUCCACACUGUCCAAAGAAUAAGCCGUAUUUUGAUGAAGAAACCAUGACCUGUGUUUCUGAUUGUGGUUGUUACGAAAAUGGAAAAAAUUACAAACCAGGAAUGCAGAUGCCUUCAAAGCACAAUUGUCAUUUAUGUGAAUGCACAAAUCAUGGCAAAAAAUGCAAGUAUGAUGAAGAUGAAUGUGUCUGCGUUUAUGAGGGACAGAACUACAACUAUAAAGAUGUGAUCUACAAUACUACAGAUGGCACAGGAGGGUGUAUUGUUGCAACCUGUGGUCCCAAUGGAACACUUCAAAGGACUGUCUAUGAAUGUCCAACCUCAACAUCACCCACAACAGCAACAACAUUUCAUUUCAGCACUACGCCACCUGCCACUGCUUCCACAGUGUCUCCAACUACAUCAGUAUGUGUUCAUGAAGUCUGUGAUUGGUCAGAAUGGUAUGAUGGGAGUCUGCAAACCCCUGGCUAUGAUGGUGGAGAUUUCGAAACGUUUGAUGAUUUGAGAGCUAAAGGUUAUGAAGUCUGUAAGACUCCACGGGCUGUGCAAUGCAGAGCACAGAAAUUCCCCAAUAUACCACUGAAAGACCUUGGCCAAAAAGUAGAAUGUAGUACAAGAUCUGGGCUUAUAUGUUACAACAAAGAUCAGAUUUCAACAAUGUGUGACAAUUAUGAAAUCAGAAUCUUAUGCUGUCAAUUUGUACCAUGCUCUUCCACAACACAUUUCGGCAUGUCAACACCAAUCACACCACCAUCUAAGAGCACAGAAACAUCAAGUCCAACUGAAGAAACUACAUCAUUUUCAACCACUCUAUCACCAGUUAUUAUAACUUCUGAAAGCACGACGUUUGCACCUUCAGCUACUAGAGAAACAACCACACUCACAAGUGAAAUGACAAAACCUGUCACCACUUCUCCUUCACCAGCUAUUUGUACUAAAGAAGAAUGCUACUGGUCAAUGUGGUAUGAUGUAAGUUAUCCAGGGUCUGGAUAUGAAGACGGAGAUUUUGACACAAUUCAGAACAUUGAAAAAAAGGGUUACAAAGUUUGUGAUAACAGAAAGGAUGUUGAAUGCAGAGCAGUAAGGUUCCCUAAUACACCAUAUCCCCUCCUGGAGCAACAUAUAACAUGUAGCACAGAAGAAGGGUUGAAAUGCUACAAUAAAGACCAACUACCACCCAUCUGCUAUAAUUAUAAACUAAGAUUUAAAUGCUGCAAAAAUAUAACAGUACCAUGUCAGCCAACUGCAACACCACAAAGAACUACACAGACAUCAGAAAUUACUCCAAUUUUCUCAACAGCUCUAAUAACAUCAUCGACAGAAGUACCAACAACACCAUAUUUACAAACCAAACAUAAGGUAACAACAAUAUCAUCACCUCCACCAGAAACAGGAUAUAUUCAUACAAGAAUAACAUCACAACCAACAACAACAUCUCAAAGAGAAACACAGACCACAAAGCCAUCAAUCCACACAACCUACUACUCUACCAGCAUCAGCACCCGCACCGCCCCGACAUCCUCCAGCGUCACGACCUCCACCUCCACAUUCCACUCCUCUACCACGCAGCCCACUUCUUCAGAAAUCAUUUCGCAAACCUACACCAGCACCACCAGCCCCAAACCGACACCUACCAUUUACUACCCCAGCGUCACCUCCUCCACCACCCCGUCCACUACCGCCUGUGAGCCCGAGGUGUGCUCCUGGAGCGAAUGGUUCGACGUCGACUUCCCCUCCUCGGGGCCCAACCAGGGAGACUUCGAAACCUACCAGCGCAUCCGCGCCGCCGGGAAGGAAGUGUGUCAACGGCCAAAGGAUAUCGAGUGCCGGGCGGAGGACUACCCCGAGGUCUCCAUCCAGCAGGUCGGACAGGUCGUGCAGUGCGACGUCCACUUUGGACUGGUGUGCAAGAACGAAGACCAGACUGGCAAGUCUAAGAUGUGCCUCAACUACAGGAUCCGCGUCCUCUGCUGCACCCCGAACUACAACUGCCCAAGCAGCACCUCCUUCCCAACCACCAGCCCUACCAGCAUCAGCACCCGCACCGCCCCGACAUCCUCCAGCGUCACGACCUCCACCUCCACAUACCACUCCUCUACCACGCAGCCCACUUCUUCAGAAAUGAUAUCGCAAACCUACACCAGCACCACCAGCCCCACACCAACACCUACCAUUUACUACCCCAGCGUCACCUCCUCCACCACCCCGUCCACUACCGCCUGUGAGCCCGAGGUGUGCUCCUGGAGCGAAUGGUUCGACGUCGACUUCCCCUCCUCGGGGCCCAACCAGGGAGACUUGAAACCUACACGCAUCCGCGCCGCCGGGAAGGAAGUGUGUCAACGGCCAAAGGAUAUCGAGUGCCGGGCGGAGGACUACCCCGAGGUCUCCAUCCAGCAGGUCGGACAGGUCGUGCAGUGCGACGUCCACUUUGGACUGGUGUGCAAGAACGAAGACCAGACUGGCAAGUCUAAGAUGUGCCUCAACUACAGGAUCCGCGUCCUCUGCUGCACCCCGAACUACAACUGCCCAAGCAGCACCUCCUUCCCAACCACCAGCCCUACCAGCAUCAGCACCCGCACCGCCCCGACAUCCUCCAGCGUCACGACCUCCACCUCCACAUUCCACUCCUCUACCACGCAGCCCACUUCUUCAGAAAUCAUUUCGCAAACCUACACCAGCACCACCAGCCCCAAACCGACACCUACCAUUUACUACCCCAGCGUCACCUCCUCCACCACCCCGUCCACUACCGCCUGUGAGCCCGAGGUGUGCUCCUGGAGCGAAUGGUUCGACGUCGACUUCCCCUCCUCGGGGCCCAACCAGGGAGACUUCGAAACCUACCAGCGCAUCCGCGCCGCCGGGAAGGAAGUGUGUCAACGGCCAAAGGAUAUCGAGUGCCGGGCGGAGGACUACCCCGAGGUCUCCAUCCAGCAGGUCGGACAGGUCGUGCAGUGCGACGUCCACUUUGGACUGGUGUGCAAGAACGAAGACCAGACUGGCAAGUCUAAGAUGUGCCUCAACUACAGGAUCCGCGUCCUCUGCUGCACCCCGAACUACAACUGCCCAAGCAGCACCUCCUUCCCAACCACCAGCCCUACCAGCAUCAGCACCCGCACCGCCCCGACAUCCUCCAGCGUCACGACCUCCACCUCCACAUUCCACUCCUCUACCACGCAGCCCACUUCUUCAGAAAUCAUUUCGCAAACCUACACCAGCACCACCAGCCCCACACCAACACCUACCAUUUACUACCCCAGCGUCACCUCCUCCACCACCCCGUCCACUACCGCCUGUGAGCCCGAGGUGUGCUCCUGGAGCGAAUGGUUCGACGUCGACUUCCCCUCCUCGGGGCCCAACCAGGGAGACUUCGAAACCUACCAGCGCAUCCGCGCCGCCGGGAAGGAAGUGUGUCAACGGCCAAAGGAUAUCGAGUGCCGGGCGGAGGACUACCCCGAGGUCUCCAUCCAGCAGGUCGGACAGGUCGUGCAGUGCGACGUCCACUUUGGACUGGUGUGCAAGAACGAAGACCAGACUGGCAAGUCUAAGAUGUGCCUCAACUACAGGAUCCGCGUCCUCUGCUGCACCCCGAACUACAACUGCCCAAGCAGCACCUCCUUCCCAACCACCAGCCUCACUACCAGUAGUGCCACAUCUGAAUCUUGCUGUACCAGCACUUCUUCUACUGCUAUCUCAACACCAUGUUUCUGCAAAAUAGGCAGUGUCAUUUUUUCACCUGGUGAAGUGAUUUACAACCGCACUGAUAGUGAUGGAUGUAGAUUUUAUGCCAUCUGUAGUCCAACAUGCACUGUUAAACGACACGCUGUGGAUUGUAACGUUACUCCUCCUCUAACCACUACUUCUCCUGAAUGGUCUACCGUAACAACAACAGUUCCUCUGCCUACAACUUCUGGAAGACUUCCUUUUCCUGGUUGUGUUUCUGCUACUUACCCUCCCCUUCAACCUGGACAAAGAUACAAAUUAUCCAACUGUACAGAACUCAUCUGUAAGGGAGACAACAAGGUAGAAGUAAUUCCAACGCACUGCCCACCUGUAAAGGAAAUUACCUGUGCAAACAAAUAUCCAGCAAUACUGGUACCUGAUGAAAACGGCUGCUGUUAUCAUUAUGAAUGUCAAUGUGUGUGCAGUGGAUGGGGUGAUCCUCAUUAUAUUACUUUUGAUGGAACCUACUAUACUUUCCUUGAAAACUGUACUUACGUCCUGGUGAAACAGAUUGUGCCUAAAUACAACAACUUCCGUGUUUACAUUGACAAUUAUUACUGCGAUUCAGAAGAUGGACUUUCCUGCCCUAAAUCCAUUAUUAUUUUCUAUAAAUCUGCAGAAGUGCUGCUGACCCGUAAACUCAUGAAUGGUGUGAUGACCAAUGUGAUGUACUUCAACCACAAGAUUGUCAAACCAGGUUUCAAAAAAGAUGGCAUUUCUUUCUCAACACUUGGCAUCAACAUGAUUGUUGAAAUACCAGAGAUUGGUGCAACCAUCACCUUUAGUGGGAUGAUUUUCUCUGUGAAACUCCCAUACAGCAAAUUUGGCAACAACACCGAAGGACAGUGUGGAACAUGUACAAACAAUAAAGCAGAUGAAUGCCGCUUACCAAAUGGUAAGAUCAUUUCCUCCUGUCCCCAAAUGGCUCAUCACUGGAUUGUUGAUAACAACAAGUCAUGCCAUGGAGUACCAAUACCACCAGUUGUAACUACACCUCCACCAAAGCCUCACUGUGGAAUACCUUCUCUUUGCAACCUUAUCUGGAGCAAGACUUUUGCAGAAUGCCAUGCUGUAAUACCACCAGAACCAUUUUUCAAAGGCUGUGUUUUUGAUGGAUGUCGUAUAGCUGAUGAAUCCGUGCAGUGCUCCAGUUUGGAGAUAUACGCUACAGAGUGCGCUGCUAGAGGUGUCUGCAUUGACUGGAGAGGAAAGACCAACAAUACAUGCUCAUACAACUGUCCAUCAAGCUUGGUAUACAAGCCAUGUGGACCCAUUAAUCCUGCUACCUGUGAUCCAAGCUUUGUUGACCUUCCUGGCUAUGGAGUAACUGAAGGAUGUUUCUGUCCUGAAGGAAAGACACUCAUGAGUGAAGAUAGCAACAUCUGUGUCUCUGAAUGCUCUUGCAGGGAACCAAAUGGAGUAUCGAGAUGGCCAGGAGAAAAAUGGAUGAAAAACUGUCAGGAAUGCAUCUGUGACAAAUACACUCUUAAAGUACACUGUAAAAAACACAAGUGCUCCCUGACACAGCAAGUAUUUUGUGAUGAACCAGGUUAUAUGCCUGUUCAGACACAGAUACCAGAAGACCCAUGCUGUACCAGGACUGAGUGCUACUGCAACACUAGCCUCUGCCCUGAGGUCACACACCAGUGCUUAGAGGGACAGGAAGUUGUCACAAUAAUGCAGCCUGGAAAAUGCUGUCCUACCUUUGAAUGUAGACAUGGCUGCGUAGUCAAUGAAACCUACUAUGCACCUGGAGCUGUCAUUCCAUCAGGCUCCUGUGAAGAAUGCACCUGCUCUGAAUCCUCCCACUCAAGCCCCUACCAGCCUAUUGUUAAGUGCAAGCCAGUUAUCUGUGACACAUACUGCCCAGUGGGUUAUAAGUAUACAAAGAAACCUGGAGAGUGCUGUGGCAUGUGCAAGGCAGCAGCUUGUAUAGUGACUGUAGGAGACAUCACACGCGUGCUCCAGGUUGGAGAACUCUGGAACCCACCUGUUGAUAACUGUACAACUUACACAUGUGAAAAAAAUGAUGACCAGUUCAUUCAAGUUGUCUUACAGAAAAGCUGUCCUCCCUUUAACCCUGAUGACUGUGAUCCAGAUGACAUUAAACUAUCUGAUGAUGGCUGCUGUAAAGAAUGCCAAGUAAAACUAAAGAGUUGUAUAAAGCACAAUACUACUACGGUAAUCAAAUAUCAUGGAUGUGUAUCUCCUGCACCAGUUGAGGUGGCAUACUGUGAAGGAAGCUGUGAUGCUUACUCACGAUAUUCUCCAGAGGCAAAUAUGAUGGAACAUAAAUGCUCAUGCUGUCAAGAAAUCAAGACCAGCCAAAGAAAAGUGACUCUGACAUGCAGUGACGGAACCUACCUUGAUCACUCAUACACCUAUGUGGAGAAAUGCAGCUGUGUGAGCGCUGAGUGCAUUUCCCAAGUCAGCACCCAACAGGCAACAAACUAGAUAAAGACCUCUCAGGAACAAGCAAAUGUCCAAAAUUAGAACUAGAGAAAAGUCAUCACACAAGGGUUGAAUGUAAGACUAAAAAAGAAAAACUGAAAAAACACAAAAGUGUUAAAAGCAGCUAAAAUUUUGGAUGAACAUAUGAUAUUUUCUGCAUAAAAACUCAAUAUGACUGUCUACAUUAUUUCAGUUUUCUUUGCUAAUUUAUCUCCUAUUGUUUUUCAUGUGUUUUCUUUUACACCUUGAGAGGUACUGCAUAAGGUCAUUUUGACAUUUCCUGAUUGUUUGUCUUCUCAGAAGUGCUGUACUGUAAGACUGAAAGCUGGAUUUACACUUACACGAGUCUGUUCUGAGAACAGCAUUCUUUUCUGGCUUGAAGCUUGCCUGUGGCGGCAUAACAUGGACACUUGACAAUAUCUAAUAUGUCCAUUAAUGUAGGCUGACCUUUAUAAUGACACUUUCAUUCCAGUUCAUUGACACAAAUCAAAAGCUAAAGUCCAGAAAACAAACCAACCCAAGGAAAACUGUACCUCUCUGUUUCUGUAGUUUUCUUUUUGCAUUACAGAAAACUUAGACUGCAGGAAGCCAUAUCUUCCCAAAACUAUAUACUUUAACAUUUUGAAAAAUUUAUAAUGGGCAUAUUUGCUUAUACAUUCUCAUAAGAA